GUCGGAAAAUGUAACAAUAAAAAUGUUCAGGAACAGUCAACCAAGGCGUGUAUAAAUAAUAUAAAUAAAAGUAUAAGUUAUAUAAGUACAAAAGAACAGUUGUACGUAUAAAAAAUUGAAAACUAAUCCACCCACUGAGUUGACACCCACGCACAAAAAGUUCAGUGUCAAGAGUAAGCCACACAACAGCUUCAGAAACGCAACAGAAAUCGCAACAGUAACAGUAACGGUAACAGCAGCAUCCGGAUAGCAGGGCAGCAGUGCUCGUGGGGCAGAAAAGCUCGCUACAUUCCGGGACAACCUACAAAGUUACGUGCCUAUGAGUGGGCGAGUGCGUGUACAUGUCUGGCAAUGUAUUUGACAGCCUUCCCCUUUUGGCCAUUGGUAUGCUUUGUGUGGCUCUGUCUCGGUCUCGGCGACUUAACAAAACUUGCUGUGAAACGUAACGCGCCCCACUAUGGAGUCCAACCCACAACCGCACUGGGUCGCUGGGACUGGCACAAGCACAAGCAGCUGCACUCGGAUGCCAGGAGCGGGCAUCUAGAGACGGGCAACGAGUCUCGGGAGGACCAGUUGUCCGAGGAGUUAAGCAAGUUCGGGGAGAAGCUCUUCCCCGUCUCCAACUAUCCGCCCUACCAGAACCACAACGAAGACAGCCAGGAGGUGCACCACAGUGGCGAGGGUCGAGUGCUCACCAUGGAGUCGCCGGUGCCCUCGAAGGCGCGAGUGCCCGGAGGAGGAGGAGGAGGAGGAGGAGGAGGCACUGGCUCCAAUGACACGCCCAAGUUCCGCAACAUCGGUGCGCAGAAGAGUCGCCCCGAAGUGGGAGGCCUGCGGGAGGUGGAUCGCAUCAGUUCACGGGGCCGGGAUGGCUUUAUAGGUGGACCCAGUAACAAGCAGAAGCCCUUCCGCGUCAACCUGGCCGUACUCGUCCAGGACGAUCCCAGUCAGCCGGGCGAGACGUACGCCAAUUGCCACGACUCCAAUGAGGGCGAUGAGAAUCCCAAUCCCGCCUGCAACACCGAGGAGGAUGCGAUGCCCAAUCUGCAGCGGGACUGCGAGAAGACGGGCCUGCAUGUGAUGUGUCCACGCACCUUCCGCUGCAUCAGCAAGUACUGGCUCUGCGAUGGCGACGACGACUGCGGCGACUACUCCGACGAGACCCACUGCGGAGCCAGGACGAACUGCACGGACGACCAGUUCGAGUGCCUGAACGGGUUCUGCAUUCCGCGGACGUGGCUCUGCGACGGGGAGAACGAUUGCAAGGACUUCUCCGACGAGUCGCACUGCAACCGCACCAGCUGCACGGACGAGCACUUCACCUGCAACGAUGGCUACUGCAUCUCGCUGGCCUUCCGGUGCGAUGGGGAGCACGACUGCAACGACAACUCCGACGAGCUCAAGUGCGCGGCGGUGAUCAACAGCUGUCCCGAGGGCGAGUUCAAGUGCCGCGGCGGACUGGGCGGCGCCGGAGGUCCCAGUGGCCAGUGCAUCCUCAAUCGUUUCCGCUGCGACGGGGACAACGACUGCGGCGACUGGAGCGACGAGGAGAACUGUCCCCAGAAGCCCUCGCUGUGCACCUCCAAUGAGUACAAGUGCGCCGACGGCACCUGCAUCCCGAAGCGCUGGAAGUGCGACAAGGAGCAGGACUGCGACGGCGGCGAGGACGAGAACGAGUGCGGCGGCCUCAGCUCGGAGCAUCCGAUGACCUGCGGAUCCGACGAGUUCACCUGCAACAAUGGACGCUGUAUUUUGAAAACCUGGCUUUGUGACGGCUAUCCAGACUGCACGACUGGAGAGGAUGAGGUUGAGUGCCACCUACAAUGCGACCUGGGGCAGUUCUUGUGCCCGACAAAACAGAACAUUACCAAUCUUAAGAUUUGUGUCCAUCAGAAGCACAUUUGCGAUGGCCACAGGGAAUGUCCUGCCGGCGAGGACGAGGCGGACUGUCCCAAGGAGCGGAAGUGCCUGGAGCCCAGUCCGUGCGAGCAGUUGUGCAUCGAGACCCAUGCGGGAUUGGAGGAGUGUGCCUGCCGCCUUGGCUAUGUCAUGGACAAGAACAAGGUCAACUGCACGGACAUUGACGAAUGCCAGUACCUGACCAGUCCGGUCUGCUCGCAGAAGUGCCACAACACGAUGGGCUCCUUCAAGUGCUCCUGCGAGACGGGCUACAUCCUGCGGCCGGACUUGCGCUCCUGCAAGGCGCUGGGCGGGGCCAUGACCCUGCUGGUGGCCAACCGGUGGGACAUCCGCCGGGUGACACUCAGCAACAAUAGGUACACGGCGGUGGUGAAGGGGCUGCACAACGCCAUCGCCCUGGACUUCCACCACCGCAAGGGACUGAUGUUCUGGUCGGACGUGUCCACCGAUGUCAUCAAAAUGGUAUACCUGAACGGGACACGGGUGCGGGACGUCAUCAAGUGGGGGCUGGAGUCGCCAGGCGGGAUAGCUGUGGACUGGAUCCACGACCUGCUCUUCUGGACCGACUCCGGCACCCGGCGUGUGGAGGUGUCCAACUUUCAGGGCAACCUGCGCACGGUCAUCGCCUCGUACGACCUGGACAAGCCCCGGGCCAUUGUGGUGCAUCCGGGCGAGGCGAUGGCCUUCUGGAGCGACUGGGGUCCGAAUCCGAAGAUCGAGCGCGCCUACAUGGACGGCACCCAGCGGAAGGUAAUCAUAUCAAAGGGCGUCACCUGGCCCAAUGGCCUGGCCAUCGACUUUCCCAACAGCAAGAUUUACUGGGCGGAUGCCAAGCAGCAUGCCAUCGAGUGCUCCAAUCUGGAUGGCACUGAUCGCAACAAGAUUCUCAGUGACCACCUGCCGCACCCAUUCGCGCUGACCCUCUUCGAGGACACCAUGUACUGGACGGACUGGAACACGAAGACCGUCUCGGCGGCGGACAAGAUCACGGGGAAGGGGUAUCGGGCGGUGCACGAGAACUUCCACUUUCCCAUGGACAUCCAUGCCUACCAUCCGGCCCGUCAGCCGGAGUACUCGGACCGCUGCCAGAAGGAUCGUCGAGGUCUGCGCGGCGGCUGCUCCCACUUGUGCCUGCCCAACAGGACGUCCCGGCGAUGCGGCUGCCCCAUCGGACUGUCGCUGAAGGAGGAUGGGAAGACGUGCAAGAGUACGGCGGAUAAGCUGGUGCUGGUCGCCCGGCGAAAGGACAUCCGGUUGAGGCACUUGAAGAACAACCAGGCCGAUCCCAACGAGGUGGACAUGAUUGUGCCGCUGGACAACUUGAAGCAUGCGGUGGCCCUCGAUUGGUGCAGCGACACGGACUUCAUCUACUGGACGGACGUGGAGCGGAGCACCAUCAACAAGGCCCACCUCAAUGGGAGCUACCAGCAGCGGGUGGUGCACUCGAACCUGGUGUCUCCCGUGGGCCUGGCCCUGGACUGGAUCACCGACAAGCUCUAUUGGACAGAUCCGUCCAAGAACCGCAUCGAAGUGGCCACCACGAAUGGAAAGAUGCGCACGUUGCUCAUUUGGGAGAAGCUAUACAAGCCACGGGACAUCGUUGUGAACCCUAUUGAUGGCUUUAUGUUCUGGUCGGAUUGGGGUGAUCACCCUAUGAUUGAACGUGCCAACAUGGAUGGACAUGACCGCGUUACUAUAUCAUCGAAAAAACUAAUUUAUCCCAAUGGACUGGCCAUUGACUAUGAGAAGAGUAAACUCUACUUUGUUGAUGGUGGCACAAAAACAUUGGAGUACAUGAACUAUGAUGGCAGCGGCCGUCAGGUUAUUAUAAACGGACUUGGCCAUCCUUUCGGCUUGGAUGUGAGCGAGGGGCGUGUGUUUUGGACGGACUGGGACACCAAGUCCGUGAUGAGCGCCAACAAGCUGACCGGCAAGGAGACGAACGUGAUCAUUGCGAACAGUACGGACCUGAUGGACAUCCGGGUGUUCCAUCGCUCGCGGAGGCGCAUCUUCAACGCCUGCGACAAGCUGAACGGUGGCUGCUCCCACCUGUGCCUGCUCAAUCCGACCAGCUACACCUGUGCCUGCACCGUGGGCGUGCAGCUGAAGGAGGACAGGCACACCUGCUCCGAGGGGCCCACCCAGUACAUAUUGUUCGCCCACCGGAUCGACAUCCGGCAGAUAUCGCUGGACUUUGACCACCUCAUCGACGUGGUCCUGCCCCUGCCGCCCAUCUCGAAUGCGGUGGCCUUGGAUGUGGACAGGCGGACGGGCAACAUCUUCUGGUCGGACACCAUCGAGAACGUCAUCAUGAGCUCCAGUCCCGACGGCCUGCACGUGCAGAAGGUGGUCGGGGAUAGUCUGGAGAAUCCGGAUGGCCUGAUUGUCGACUCGGUGGGCAGGACCAUCUACUGGGCGGAUGCCGGUCGGCACACCAUCGAGGUGGCCAAUCUGGAUGGCAGCAAUCGGCAUGUGAUCGCCCACAAGGAUCUGGAGUCGCCGCGCGGCUUGGCCUUGGAUUACGAGGCUGGUCUGCUGUUCUGGACCGAUUGGGGUCACUACCGCAAGAUCGAGCGGUCCCAUUUGGAUGGCAACGAGCGGUCUCGCAUUGUGACCGCCAAUCUUGGCUGGCCGAAUGGCCUGUCGCUCGAUUUGAAGAGCAAGCGAAUUUACUGGGUCGAUGCCCGUCUGAAGACCAUCGACUCCUGCGAUUACACGGGCAAUCAACGCAAGCUGAUCAUGUCCUCGCUCCAUCAUCCGUAUGCCCUGGCCCUUUCCGAGGACAACAUCUACUGGACCGACUGGAAGUCGAAGGCGUUGCACAUGACCGAAAGGCGCAACAUAACGGCAAAGCGGGACAUAAUCACCAACAUCGAUGGGCUGAUGGACAUCAAGGUCAUCUACCAGGAUCAGCCGAUGCCCGACAAUGUCUGUGGAGCCAACAACGGUGGCUGCUCGCACCUCUGUCUCCGCAAUCCAUCUGGAUUUUCGUGCCAGUGCCCCAUUGGACUGCGAUUGCGCCAGAAUAGCACUACGCAGUGCCAAAAUCUACCAGAGGAUUUCCUUCUCAUCGCCUUGCGCUCUGGAAUUGGCAUGAUAUCUUUGAACUCUGCCGAUUUUAUGGACGUCGUUUUGCCCAUCAAUGGAGUACAUGGAGCAGUUGUACUCGACUACCACUACCGGAAGAACCUGCUCUUCUUCGCCGACGUCAAUCUCGACGUGAUUCGGAGGGUUAAUCUCUUGAACCUCACCGAAAGCAAGGUGAUUGUCGGCACGGAUGUGCUCACGCCCAACGGAAUAGCCGUCGACUGGAUUUCGGACAACCUGUAUUGGUCUGAUACCGAUCGCAAGCUAAUUGAAGUAUCUCGGAUCGAUGGAAGCUGCCGCAAGCGGAUAGUCGAGGACAAUUUGGGCGACCCGCGAUCUCUAAUUGUGCAUCCUAAAAAAGCUUAUUUAUUUUGGUCAGAUUGGAGCUCUCCAGCGAAAAUCGAACGCAGCUACUUGGAUGGUUCAAAUCGAACCGUUCUCAUAACUUCAGGCAUCGGCUUUCCUACGGGCCUCACAAUUGAUUUUAGCAAUCGGCGUUUACUUUGGGCCGACGCUUUGGAAGACAACAUUGGCCAAGUGGACUUCAAUGGAAAGCGUCGUCAGACGAUUGUUCCCUACGCACCCCAUCCAUUUGGCCUGACUAUGUUCGACAGUAGUAUUUACUGGACCGAUUGGUACAACAAAUCGGUGUACCGAUCUCAGCGAUUGCCGCGAUCCGGAUUUGGAAAUCCCUUCGAGGUGCGCGAUGCCCUCAGUGGAGCACUGGACAUCCGGGCCGUAUCGCUGCACCGGCAGCCCAAGAGCUGGAACCACUGCGCCCAGGACAAUGGAGGCUGCUCGCAUCUGUGCCUCUAUCGCUUCGUGGACUACGUGUGCGCCUGUCCCGAUGUACUGGAUCCCAAGGAGGCGGCAUGCUCCACCAAGCCCAAGGUUUUGGUGCAUGCCAACUUGGAGAGCGACCAGGUGCUGGAGUACUCCGACGAAUCCACCGACGAUGCCACACCCACGGAGCAGCUGGGCGAUCCCAACAACCAGGACGAGGAUGGCCACACGAAAAAGAGCGAUCAGCAGAGAGAGUUCUUUGUCCUCGUGGCACUGGGCGUGGUCAUUGUUAUGGUUGUCAUCAUAAUACUCGUUAUUUUCAUGCUUGCGUUCAACACGAGCAAGAAAAAGAAUAAACGCAACUCUCGCGGUUCCAGUAGAUCUGUAUUAACCUUCUCCAAUCCGAAUUACAACGUUGAUGGGACGCCAAUGGAGCCAAAGACGAAUAUUUGGAAGCGUUUUAAGUACGACAAAAAUCAUGAACGAGCUGGGGUCUACGAAGAGCGCAGUCUGACCACGGAGACGGCUUCCUCGAGCCUUUUUGUGCCGACACCAUCUCCAAUGGCGUCGCCCUCGACAAAAACAAUCCAACUGACUACACUCUCGACUAUCACAUAGGUGGCAUGAAUAGUUCAAAUGGCCCUGCAUCAAAAUGGAGGUCCUUGAAGCCAAUCGAUCUACCGACUCAUGCAGUUUGGAUGAUUUCGAUUGUAAAUGUGUGGAAAGCAAACUGUUUUUUAUUUUGCCCAGCAACCGACAUUAAUCAUUGUUCUUUUUUUUUUUGGUUUUCAUAAGUGAAAAAACAUGUCCUGUUAAAGCUCAAAACAAAAAGGGGGUUUAAGAUAAUACGAAAUAUAUUAUAUUAUAUGAUAUAUUAUUCAAUUAUGUAAUCACUAAAUUAUUUUCCUAUUUUUUAAUAAUAGGUAAUAACUAUUAAGUAAUUCGGGUGCUUCGACUUUGAACAAAGAAAUAUCCUACUACUGGGCGCAUUUUUUUUUUGCUGAUAACAAAUUGAAAUGUCCAUAACUUGGUUUAUCUGAUUGCCAAUGAUAAAAUCAUUGUUUAAUCCAAUCAUGAAACACAGAGGGUGUGGAAGUUUUUAACAUAGAGAUUUCCCUAGCAAAAAUGUCGAAAAACUUCUGUGCGUCUGUAAGCCAAAUUAAAAGGCCUAGCUCUUAUAUUAUAAGUGCUAGACUAUUGAUCUAAGUCUGUAUGCAAAAUUGUACAACAUAAUUAAAAAAGGAAGAGGCAUCAAUGUUUCUUUUUUCAGAGCCCAAGGAUGCAAGCACCGGUUGGUUUAGUGGUUAACACAAAUGUUAUUAAACUGGAUUAGUUACAAAAUAAUGAUGAUUUUCACAAUAUGAAAACCGCGGGCUUAAUUCUAUUCAGGGCUUCAACAAGAUAUCUGGAAACUUAAGUUUUCUAUCAGUGUUUGUAAAUAUAUUUUAUGCUUGCAGAUGUAUGAACUAUUAAAUACACAAAGAAGCAUUCUUGUAUUUGCUCAACAAAUUUGGGGCAAAAUGA